GUCAAAGGGGGAGGACAUUCCACCAAUCCUGGCUUCAGCUCCACUACAGGCAUUCAGAUCUCCAUGGCCGACUUCAAUGAACUCGAAUACAAUGGCAAAACCAAGAAUCUACGCAUCGGAGCGGGAUGCCUCUUCGAUGAGGUCUACAAAGAAAUAGCCUUGUAUAAGCGAAACAUCGUUGGCGGGGCUACCGCUGCUGGUGUCGGAGUGGCUGGAUGGCUACUGGGUGGUGGUUACUCACUCUUGACUAACCAGUACGGUCUUGGAAUCGACAAUCUAGUUGAGGCCCAAGUCGUCUUGUGCAACGGAAAAUCACUAAAGGCAUCCGCUCAACACAAUAGUGACCUCUUCUUUGCUAUAAAAGGGGGUGGGAACAACUUCGGCAUUGUCACUUCAUUCACUGUCAAAACCUAUCCUCUGGGGCCUAUCUACGUCAGUGCCCUGUCGAUUUUUUUACUGCGUCUUUCAUGCUGA